AUGUUUGGCGGAUUUUUGAUUUUAUUCAUUUUUGUUUUUGAAUUUGAAUUCGGGUUGACCUGUGUCCCAACACAACAUAUUGAAGAUGGUGAGUGUUUUGAAUUUGAGCUGUGGGGCUUAUGUCUGGAGACCAAGAGUUCCAUUGAUUUUGUCAUAUCCCAAAUUUCAGUGAUAACCACGACUUCAGUUUCUACCAUUUCAGUUACAACGACCACCACCACAACAUCUACAACAUCAACAACCACACCAAUCCCAGUUUGUCCAGACUCAACUUGGACAAAAUUCGACAGGGGAACUUAUUUUUGGUGUAUGAAAGUGUAUUAUUCGGCGUCGUCGAAUGGUUAUACAAUGGAUGCCGAUUGUCUUAAAUUGAAUGCGGCGGCAGUUCCAUCAGGUUUGAAAAAUUAAACAUUUUGAGCUAUCCUAAAAUUCCAGGUUUCCAAAACACUGCUGAAAUCGCCACCAUAGUUGGCGAGAUUUUAAAAACCACAACCUAUGGAUUUUGGUUGGUUGGCGCUUAUGCGGCAGAUGGUGUUAACUUCGAAUGGACUGAUAAACAUACAACUGGAACUGCUGGACUUGUAUUAGAUCUUUCGUAUCCAUAUUCAUCAACUGGUCCGAUUCCAACUAAUUUGAUUCUUACACUUAAUUCACAAUUACGACCAUUUUAUGCGGCUACUUAUGAAUAUGGAGUGGUUUGUGGAAUGGAAGCUGUGUGAAUAAAGGAAAAUCUGAUAAUUUGUUUUUUUUGAGUUGUUACGUAAUAAGAAAGAUUCAUAUCUGAUAUGAAUGAAUGAUACUGAACUUGCGGAAAAUCCUGUUUUUUCAGAUGAAAUUUAGCGAUCCUCUGUUCUCAUGAUCAUACUACAUGUAGAUUUGGAAUAUUAUUUGAAAAAGUAAUAACGACCAAAAUUAAGGAAUUUGAAGUCAAAAGCUUUGUGGAUGGUCUUGGUUUUCCGAAAUCUAGCCGUCUAAAGCCUAUAAGCCCGAAAAAAUGUUAGAGAUUCAAUAGAGCCUAGUUUUUUUUAUAUGAAAAGAACUUAUGAUAAAGUCUCACACCUUGUGUAGAAAAUAUUUCUUUAUCCCGCUUCGUUCCUCAAAGUGAUACAAUUACAUGCUAUACUCAAAAAACUUGAUAAUAUUCUUUUUAUCUAAUAGUUGAACAAAACAAACUUCAAAAAAUCCGUGCAUAAAAAUGAUUAAUAUCUAUCGGAAAAAAAUAAUAAUCAAGUUUCAUUCUCUUCAUCAGUUAUAAAAUAGCUGAAACACAUCGGUCGUUUCAUAUCUGAAAAUUGUUUUACACGUAUUCCUAUGAUUUCCAAAUAUUUAUAUAUUUUUCUGUUAUUUCUUACAAUGAUUCAGAUUGUGACUAUGUGCAUUCCAACACAACAAAUUGAAGGUUAGUGUAACUUGGAUUUCGGAUUGAAAUUCUCGAAAAUCUUCCAGUGGAGCCUAUCACAACAACAACAACAAAUUCGACAACCACGACAACCACGACAACCUCAACUACAACGACUAAACCACCUCCAGCAUGUCCAGAUUCAACUUGGACUCUUUUUGAUCGUGGAAAUUGCUCAUGGUGUAUGAAAAUUAAUCGCGAUUCAGUGUUUAAUGAUAUCACAUCUAUGAAUGCAGCUUGUGCAACGUUAGACCCAUCAGCUGUCGCUUCCGGAUUCCAAAACGUUGCUGAAAUCGCAAAAAUGACAGUAGUGACACUUUCAGAAGUGCCUGGACAAUAUCAGAUUGCUGUUGGCGCAUUUCGUAGACCAGAAUGUGAUGAUUUGAAUUAUCUCACAGCAACAUGCUCGGCUCAAAAUUCAUUUUAUGGAACUGAUGGUUUUGCUUGGGUAGGAGGAGUACCAAACAAUACUUAUCCAACAUAUAUUUGUCGAAAUGUUCUUGUUGAUACUCUUUAUAAACAGGCCAUUCUUGCUGUUUUUGGUAUUGGUCCAAAAAACGUAUUUUGCGGAAUGUUAGCUAAAUGA